AUGGGGAAGAACACUAGUGCAAAAGGCAAAGAAAAGAAGGAAGAUGAACAUGAUGAACAAGAUGGAUUUUCUGUUCAAUCUCCUUGUCAACCUGCCUCUUCUCAUAAGGAGGAACAAUCGCAGGUCGAAUUGGAGAUAAAAUUGUUGGAGGCUCUUGAAAUUUACCCCCUUGCUAAAUUGAGAGGCAUCCAUCGCCAUUUUGUCCUUUUCGGCUUAACAGAGAAUCUGAGUAGAAGCUUGAGAAGGCCAUUUACUCCUGAUGAUGUUUUGAAGCUGCUGGAUCGCUUCUACAACUUGAAUAUGGUGAAACCAGAUGACGGGGAUACUAGAAUCUUCAAGAAGGAGGAAGGGUUUAGCCUACCGCACAGUUAUUUCAUGAUGGACGAGGAGCCUUGAUCAGCCAGUUUGGAAUCGAUAUGGAUAUUGAACUUCCAUAGAGAAUCGUUCUCCCAACCCCACCCCCCGUCUUUCUGUAUUUGGAUCCAUUGUGAAGUAUCAACAUCGAUGUUGUCUACAUCACGCUCUUUGGGUGUAGUCCUUUCUUAGACUUUGUGUAAACGCAAAAUAUUUUGUG